CGAAUAUUUGCGAUCGAACGGCUGUUGGUAGUAUAUUAUCUAAUAAUUAUUGUAAAUUAGUAAUAUAAUAACCAAGACGGUUUAAAUUGUCAUAUAAAAACUUCCUAUAAAAAUCCAUGAAUGGCUGACCAGACAGAUCAGAGAAAGAAAAUACGGUUGGAAUCUCAAGAUUCUGAAAAUAUCCCAAGAAUUUUUCCUGUACUAGGAGAUGAAUAUUUUGCCCCUGUCGUAAGAGAGAAAAUGUUUGUCGGCAAAAUAAACAUAAAGAAGGAGACAUCACGUUUAAUUAAAGAAUUGUCAUCUCAUUGGCCUGUUGGAAACCAUUUAAAAAGAGUUCGAUGGACCGAACAAAAAGAUAUUUUUGAAAUACUGAUUCGGCCUGUUGGAGAAGAUGAAUCCCUACAUCUCAGUUCUAUAUCGUCCAUUCUGAAACGGACGGACAUCAACACAACUGGGUUGAUGGAUUCUGUGAUCGUUCGAGAGGUCCCUAAAUAUCCAGUAUUAACUCACCAACAAUACAAAGAGGCUAAAGAAUAUUGGCCCGUACAAUUCAGAGAAGAUAAAAACGUUGAAAAUUUGUUGGCGGACAGUUUUUUUAGUACAGAUGAAAAAAGAAAGAUAUCUGUGUAUUUAAAAAUGGCUUUAAACGUCGCAUGUUAUGGUGAUGAUAAAGUCGGUUGUGUUAUCGUGGAUCCCAUGACUUCGGAAACGAUCGCAAUAGCUCAUGAUCGAAGAAAAUCACAUCCUAUUCAACACGCCAUGAUGGUUGCAGUUGAUUUGGUGGCACAAAGCCAAGGAGGUGGAUCUUGGAAUAUUGACAGUGAGCAUGUAUCCCAUAAGCCCUUUUCAAAAGAAGAGAUGGAAGAUAAAAUUGCCAAAAUUAAGGAAAGCAAUCCUGACAAAGAUGCAGUGAAAACUGCACUUCCAUAUUUAUGCACAGGAUACGAUAUUUAUGUUUCAAGGGAACCUUGUGUUAUGUGUGCCAUGGCUCUUGUCCACUCACGGAUACGGAGAGUGUUUUAUGCCCACCGGUCACCGCGAGGAGCUCUAGAGAGUCAGUGCAAGUUGCACCUGCAGGACGGCUUGAAUCACCAUUAUGAAGUGUUCAGGGUUGAACUAAAAACUACGACAGAAAAGAGCAAAGAGUCCGAAAUCGACUGUGAUUCAGUUUCUUGA